AUGAGGGAUUAUUAUCAGCGUGUGAUUUCAUAUGUUUACUCAUAUGAUUCAACGGAAGAAAGGAACUGUUUAUGGGGAAAGCAUUUUCAACUGGUUGAGCGCCACCAGUCGCCUCUGACUCACGGGUUGUCAAGCCAUAAAGGCUCUAGUUACUCCGAUUACUCGAUGGCUGAAAUCAGUCUGGCUCUCAUUUUCCCGGUUGACUUAAUUUUCUACAUCAACUUAUUGCCGGGGUGGCGCCGUCUCAAUUGCCUGUGCAUACACAGUCCCGUAUGCCUGUAUGGCCAUUUUGAGUCGCCAGAUGAUUGUCCUUUUCCCGACGUCAUGCCGGAAUGCAGCGAGAAGUCAAUAUGUAUCCACCCGGUGACGGAAUUGGCUUUGUGUGCUCUUUCAACUUUUCUCAAUCGAGUGGCUCUAAACGGUACUGGGUGUCACUUGUUGCACAUUAGCGAUGAUGGGCACAAUGAGAGGAGUGAAGGCGUGAACGCC